CUCUCUAACACCCACUCUUCGUCCUCCUCGGUUCGGGGACAAUGACAUUAUAAGGACAUGGAUACGCAUGGACAGAGCAUUCGUCAUUGCUCCACACAGAAGAUCCCAAAAACGAUCUGAACGACUUCAGCCACAACAGUGCCUUUCUUUAUGUCCUCCAUUAGCAGACACUGAGACCCUACCCAUCAUGGACAUUUUUGGAGGAGCCCCCCGUGUCCUGGGCUACCCCCGUCCCGUGGUAGUGCAGUGCGGCAUCAACGCUACCCUUAAGUGCCAGAUUGGCGGAGACCCACGACCCGACGUGGUGUGGGAGCGUAAGAACGUCCAGAUCCUGUCCGAGGGACGCUACCAGAUCUCGGAGGAUGGGAAAGCCUACUUGCUCACCAUCUGCGCAGUGACUCCGCAGGACGCCGGUCAGUACACCUGCAAGGCCAGGAACAGUGUGGGUGAGACCUACGCAGCCGCGUCCCUCAAGGUGGAAGGAGCGGUCACUCCACAGCAGGAUGGGUCCACACAGGCGGGGGUACACAAUGGCACAAAGCCGUCGGGGAACCUUGAAGACGGGGAAUCAGGGGGACAGCUCAAUGGCUACAUCAACGGACAACAAACCACGGCGGGGAACCUGAGUAGUACGGAGUCCAGAGUGCAGUUGAAUAGAGAAUGUGUGAAGAAUCCAAGCGCCAAGGUCGUGGACAAGCCAAUUCCCCAGGAGGAAGACUACGGACGCGUGGGCCUACCUGCAGAUGACGCGGCGCACUUCCUCAUCAAGCCCAUCUCGUUGCGCGUGGACCGGGGGGAGGACGCAGCCUUCUCCUGCAAGCUGUGGGGGACGCCGCUGCCCAAGGUGGUCUGGGAGAAGGACGGCAAGAAGCUUAACGACAUCUUUGAGAGCGCCCACUACAGCGUCAGCAUCCAGGAUGGCAACUGGUUCCAGCUCAAGAUCUUCCGCACGUGCUUGCCCGACAAGGGCGUGUACACGUGCCGCGCCGCCAACUGCCACGGCCAGGCCUUGGCAGGCGCCGUCCUGUUGGUGGAGGCGGUCCCAGAGCGAGGGGAAAGCAAGAAGUCAUCGGGCAAGCAGUGGUCUCCGAAGCAGGGGCGCGGCGGGCGACACAACCUGCUGAGGUACGCCGAGGAACCGUCGGAGAACGCCCCCAAGGUCAAGAAGUUUGCGGUCUCUGAGGGGAAGCACGCCAAGUUCCGGUGCUUUGUGACCGGGAAGCCAAAGCCCGAGAUCAUCUGGAAGAAAGACGGAGUGCCUCUAGAUGCCGGGAGGCGUCAUUACAUCUUUGAGGACAGAGAGGGCUACUACACUCUGAAGGUGCUGUACAGUAAGGUUCAGGACUCUGGGCUUUACGUUUGCGCCGCGUCAAACGCAUUGGGGAAUACGCUCAGUGCUGUUCAGCUGUCCGUCAAAGGUCCGGCGGUGCGCUUUAAGCAGUCGCUGACAGACGUGGAGGUGAGCGAGAGGGGCGUGGCCGUGCUGGAGUGCGACGUGCCAGACGAGGUCAUGUCGGCGGCAUGGUACCUGGAGGACAAGCGACUUGCGGCCAGCAGUAAAUACGGCAUGGAGCAGAAGGGGACGCGGCGCCGGCUCACCAUCCGCGACGUGGGGGCGGACGACGACGGGGUGUACCUCUGUGAGAUGCCCGACGGUGGGAAGAGCAUCGCCGAGCUCACGGUGAAAGGGACAAUUGUGCGCAAACUCCCCCGCAAGCUGGAGGUGCUGGAGGGGGAGAACGCAGCGUUCUGCGUUGAGGUGGAGGCGGACGACCUGGAGGUCCACUGGUUCAAGGACAGCCUGAAGCUCCGCGAGACACACCAAACCAUCCUCAAGUCCUUCAACCAAACCCACGUCCUUGUGUUCAUCAACGUGGCCCACCAGGACACCGGGGUCGUGACCUUUGUGACGGGGCGAUCAAAGACAUCCUGCCGUCUCAAAGUGAAAGCUGCCCGGCACAGCCCCCCGAUCUGCCCUGUGGGGGUCCAGAUGGACGUGGAGUACCCCAACGGGGUGCUGCUCUCCUGGGUCCCUGUGUCCCCCUCCACUACUGCCACCACCCGCUCAAUCUUCGUGGUGGAGAGGCAGGAGGCCGGCUCCCAGGAGUGGAGCAAGUGCUUCACCUCCGAGACGGCCACCCAGGCGGAGGUGACAGGGGACAGCGUGCCCGUCGAGGGGAACUACCGCUUCCGUGUCUGCUGCAUCAACAAGUAUGGCCGCAGCGGCCAUGUUGAGUUCCCCAACGUUGUCCAUCUGGUUCCUGGGCCCAAGAUUCGCCAGCGGCUGCAGGACUGCGAGGUGGCAGAAGGAGAGGAGGCUCGCUUCUCCCUAGAGCUGUCGGCCUCCCUCCCCGGCACAUGGUUCCUCAACAGCACCCAGCUGCAGCAGGGCGGGCGGUACGCCGUCCAGCAGGCCCAGGGCCAGCACUCGCUGGUCAUCGGAGAGACCCGCAUGGCCGACAAUGCGGCCGAGGUCACCUUUAUCGCCAACGGAAUACGGGACUUGGCCGUUCUCAAGGUCCAAACUGCCGAGGUGAAGUUCAGCCCCCAGUCAGAGCGGGACAGAAAGAAGACGGUGGCAUCCGGAGACGCCAUCGUCCUGUACUGCGAGGUGUCCCAUGCCUUCGCCCACGUCAGCUGGUUCAAAGACGGGGCGGAGCUUCAGGCCAACGGCGGCCUCACAGUCCAAUCAGAGAGGAACAUGAGGAGGAUCGUCGUCCAAUCUGCCGAGGCGUCCGACUCUGGCGUUUACACCUGCAAGGCCGCGGGGGAUGUUGUUCAAUUCAACGUGCAGGUGGCAGGUCCGCCGGUGGAGUUCAGUCCCGUCCCAGAGGAAGACCUUCACAGGAGCUCCAUGGAGCUAGACCCGGUGGUGCUCCACUGCCAGGUCUCCAAUGCUGAUGCCGCCGUCGUGUGGCUGAAGGACGGCCGUGAGAUCCAGCCCAGUGAUAACUUCACCCUGCAGGCGGAGGGCGGUCUGCGGAGGCUGAUCAUCCGCUCGGCCGAGGUGGCCGACGCCGGCGCCUACACCUGCCACUGUGGCGACCGCAGCGUGGAGUUUGACGUCAACGUGAGAGAGCCCCCGGUGAUGAUCGUGGAGCCACGGGACGACGUGGUAAUGGACUGCCACACUGGCGACAAGGUCCUGCUGCAAUGCGAGCUGUCGCGUUCGACAGGCACGGUGCGCUGGUACAAGGACGGCGCGCUGGUGGAGCAGGACAGCAACGUGCGGCUGGCUAGCGAGGGGCCGUACCGCCGGCUCAGCGUCCUGCACGCCGCACCCGGGGACUCGGGGGAGUAUGUCUGCGACACGGACGGGGACUCCGUCUUCUUCCAGCUCACAGUCGCAGAGGCCCCGGUCCGGAUCGUGUCCCCCGAGGCCUCGGAGGUGGAGCUGACCCUGCGGCCGGCGGAGCGGCUGGAGCUGUCCUGCCAGCUGUCCCGGCUGAAUGCCCCUGUGCGCUGGUACCGGGACGGGCUGGAGGUGGAGGAGGGCCCCGGCCUGCUGCUGGAGGCAGACGGGGCCCGGCGGAGCCUGGUGGUCCCGGCCGUCUCCGGGGGCGACGGCGGGGAGUACGUGUGCGACACCCAGGAUGACUGCGUGGCCUUCCUGGUCACCGUCGCAGAGCCGCCGGUGAAGCUGGCUUCUCCCAGGGGGGGCUCUGGCGAGAGGCUGGAGGGCGUCUCCGGGGAGCCACUGGUCCUGGAGGUCCAGGUGUCCCGCCCCGGUGCCGUGGUCCGCUGGCUGCUGGACGGACUGGAGAUCCAUGAGAGCGCCAACGUCACCAUCACUGAGGAUAGGCUGAUCCGUCGCCUGACACUCCUCUCCCCAGCCCCGGGGGAUUCUGGGAAAUACACCUGCGACGCCGUCGACGACGUGAGGGACUUCCCGGUCAACAUUACAGAGGCCCCGGUGGGGAUCCUGAAGAAGGCGGAGAUGAAGCGGGAGCUGAGGUUCACCGUCUCCGACGACAUGGAGCUGGAAUGCGAGCUCUCGCGGGCCGACGCCGUCACCAGCUGGUACAAAGAUGGCCGCCGCGUGGAGGACGACGAGCGCUUCUGCCAGGAGGAGGAAGGGGCCUUCCGCUCGCUGGUGAUCCUCUGCGCAGAGCUGGACGACGGCGGGGAGUACGUCCUGGACGUUGUCGACGACACCGUCACCUUCCUGGUGACCGUGGAGGAGCCGCGGGUCUCCAUCGUGGGGAACUCGGACGUGGCCGACUACCAGGAGAUGGUCUCCGGGGAGGACCUGAUCCUGGCCUGCGAGGUGUCCCGGGCCAAUGCGCCCGUCCAGUGGUACUGCAACGAGCGGCGGCUGACCGGCGACGACCACACCAUCAUCCAGACCUCCGGCACGCUGCGCAAGAUCAUCGUCUCCAACGUCCAGGCGGCUGACUCCGGGAAGUACGUGUGCGACGCCGUGGACGACAAGAUGGUCAGCAUCGUGCGGAUCCAAGAGCCUCCGGUCACCUUCGUGGACAAGAAGGAAGAUAUGGUGUUGACGGGCUACGAGGCCGAAAGCGUCUCCCUGACCGGGGUGGUCUCAAAGGAGACAGCCGCGGUGCGCUGGCUCCGGGACUGGACCAGCGUCGAGGGCGAGCGCUUCCACCACGCUGUGGACGGGAACACACGGACGCUGACCAUCGAACCGCUGCGGCGCUCGGACGCCGGGGAGUACACCUGCGACGUUGGCUUGGACCAGAUCCACUUCAGCCUAUUGGUCAAAGGAAUGAGGAUCAAGUUCCUGACACCGCUGCGAGAUACGGUGGCGCAUGCUGACGGCAUGAUCACCCUGCGCUGCGAGGUGUGCCGGCCCAAGGCCGACGUCCAGUGGCUAAGGAACGGCGGGGAGGUGGUGCCGGGCCGGCGGUUUUCCGUGCGGGCCGACGGGGUGGAGCGCAGCCUGACCAUCCACCGGCUCACCGCCGAGGACGCCGGGGAGUACGUCUGCGAGUCCCUGGACGACCGCACCGUCGCCACGCUCACCGUGGAAAUGCCGCGGGUGGUGGAGUUCCUCACGGAGCUCCACAACACCACAGUGCUGGAGGGCGAGGACGCCACCUUCAAGUGCGUGGUGUCCCCCGAGGACGUGCAGCUGGUCUGGCUCAUGGACAACGAGGCCAUCGCCGCCGGCGACCGCUUCCAGGCCAGCAGCAACGGCCUUUGCCACACCCUGGUGAUCAAGAAGUGCCAGAUCCUGGACAACUCGCGCAUCACGGCGGAGGCAGAGGGUGUGAUGAGCAGGUCCAGCCUCAAAGUGCAGGAAGCCCAGGUGAUGUUCACCAGGCGGAUGGAGGCCGUGAUGGGGGAGGAGUUUGGCGAGGCUGUCCUGGAGACGGAGGUGAGCCUGGACACGGGUGAGGUGCAGUGGAUGCGUCAGGGUGUGGUCAUUCAGCCGGGACCCCGGCACGCGCUGGCGCAAGAUGGAUGCACGCGGCGCCUGACGGUCCGCAACCUGAGCCUGGCGGACCGCGGCACGUACCGCUGCGAGACGCUGCACGACCGCACGCAGGUCAAACUCAACGUGGAGCCUCGUAAGAUCUCCAUGCACAAGGCUCUGGGUGACCAGGAGACGUUUGAGCGGGAGACGGCGUCCUUUGAGGUGGAACUGUCGCAUGCCGACGUGGAGGGGGUGUGGCAGAAGGACGGCAUCCGCGUCAAGCCCAAUAACCAAUGGCGCGUCAGCAGCAACGGGCUGGUGCACGGCCUGACCCUUUCCAACCUGACGCUGGAGGACAGCGGCACCAUCAUGUUCUCAGGGGAGGGUGUCCGCACCUCCGCCCGGCUCACCGUCAAAGAGACGCCGGUGUCAUUGGUGAAGAAGCUGGGAGACGUCCGCGUGGAGGAGGGGUCUCCGGUGCCCCUGGAGUGUGAGUUCUCCAGACAGAACGUGGAGGUCAAGUGGCUCAAGGGCGAGAUGGAUCUGAAGCCAGGGAAAAACUGCCGGAUCUACUCCAUGGGGAGGAAGAGGUACUGCCAGCUGCUGGAAGCCUCGCUGGCCGACGCCGGCACCUACCACUGCGACGCCGGGGACGUCAGCACCUCCUGCUGCCUCGAGGUCUACGAACAUGCUAUGGAGAUCGUCCAGGAGCUGGAGGACCUGUGCGUGGUAGAGGACCAGAACGCGGUCUUCAUGUGCGAAGUGUCCCUGGAGCAGGUGGGUGGCGAGUGGUGGAAGGACGGCCACAAGAUCCGGCCCACCAGCACCGUCAAGACCCGCACCGAAGGGACGAAGCACUUCCUGUUGAUCUGCAAUGUCACCGCGGACGACUCAGGAGAGAUCCGCUUCGUCGCCAAGGACGUGGAGUCCACCGCCUACCUGGAGGUUGAGGAGCUCCCGGUGUCCAUCGUGAAGCCGCUGCGUGACCGCACAGCGCUGGAGAAGCACCGGGUCAUCCUCGAGUGCAUCGUGUCCACGCCGCGCGCAACGGCCGCCUGGUACUGCGGUGGCGUGGCGCUGGAGCCCAGUGAGCGGCUGGAGUUGCUGGCCGACGGCUGCUCGCACCGCCUGGUCAUCAAACAAGUGGCGCUGGGGGACGAGGGCCACUACCGCGUGGAGGUUGGCAAGCACAGCUCCGAGGCCCAGCUUCUGGUGGAAGCCCAGGAGCUGGUGAUGGUGCGGGAGCUGGAGGACGUGGAGGUGAGGGCCCCUGACGCAGCCUGCUUCCGCUGCGAGGUGUCGGUGGCCAUCGACAAGCCGCCAGCCUGGACGCUGAAUGGGGAGGUGCUGCAGUCCGGGCCCCAGGUGCGCGUGGAGAGCCAGGGCACGGUGCACAAGCUCACGCUGAAGCGGACCGACGAGGACAUGAGCGGCGCGGUGCGGUUCACCACCGGGAAGGCCCGCAGUAGCGCCACUCUGAAGGUCUGCCCGGAGUAGUGCCCGCCCUGAGGGUCCGCCCGGAGUAGCGCCACCCUGAGGGUCCGCCUGUAGUAGGGCCACCCUGAGGGUUUGCCCGGAGUAGUGUCACCCUGAGGGACGGCCGGAGUAGUGCCACCCUGAGGGUCCGCCCGGAGUAGUGCCACCCUGAGGGACGGCCGGAGUAGUGCCACCCUGAGGGUCCGCCCAGAGUAGCAGCGGGGACACACUGGGGGAAAUUGAAAGUGAAAAAGGACUUGUGGAUGACGUGAAAAAGUGGAGGGGUGGUUGUGUGCUGGUUGUUGUGGCUAGGAAGGAAUGCCCAUAUGACCUUUAAACUGGUUAUUAUUCAAGAAAAACAGGUAAAAAGACAUAGGUUUGAAGGUUUGGAUUAAAUGAAAUACGAUCUGAAUGUGAAAUGUGAAAUACCAUGAGAGGUUUGUUUUAAGUUAAACACCAUCUGAACGAUAAACCUUAAAAUACUUUAAAUUAUUAUUUUCGGCCAUUUAAAAUGUUUCGAGCUGCGUUUUCUGUAUGUUCUUGUGUUUUAUUUAUUAGGGUUGAAAAAUAAAAUCGAUAAAAAAAUAUAUAUUCAUAUUCAAUUACAUGUGAGUGAUGCUGUUUUUUGGAAAGGUUAUUAGGGAUUUUGUCAAAAUGGAUGUUUGUUAAAAUCUAAUUUAACAAAUUCAGGCUGCUGUCGGGGUCGUGGAAAAUUGCUUUUCAAUAACCUAGUGCGACCAAACGUGAGCACUACGAUUUUGUGCACAGUAGAUUCCACCAAUGACACUCUUUGAUCACUUUAGUACAUUGUGUAUAACUGAAACUUUGAAGAGUGAGAAAGUAGUAGCAAACGGGGAAUUCAGAAUUGAAAAAGCAUUAUUCCUACACAAAUUAGUAAGCAAUUCACAAACAGUUAUAUAUUAUAAACAAAAUAAUGACAACAGUUUACAAUAUCAUUUAUGAAGCAUAAGUUGCUUAUUAACAAUCUGUACGUGUUAAUGCUUUAUAAACACUUAAUGCUUAAAUUCAUGAUUAGCUACUACUAACUAAUAAACCAAUAGUUAAGUCCUUUGUCUGAGCUCAUCUAAAGGGGGGUUACUUUCUACUUACUACUACUUUCUACUUGGUACCGCUGCAAUCGUAGCCUAUUAGAGGCAGUUUUAGCCUUUAAAUGCAGUUUCUAAAUGCUUAGAAAGCCAUCGACCCAGCUAACACACGACCAUACGGCAACGUUGCCUAUACGUUGCCAUUUGGUCAUGGCAACAUUACCUCCUGGCAACGUUGUGGCAACAUCGCCAUGACGUUGCCUACAGGAAGUUGCCAUAAAGUAAACAAAUAACAUUGCCGCGACGUAGUGGUUUGGUAAUUUUGCUAACGUUGCCACUUGGUAGCGUGAGUGACGUUGCCACAACGUAGUGGUGUGGUCAUUUGCUAACGUUGCCACUUGGUACUGUUAAUAACGUUGCCGCGACGUAGUGGUGUGGUCAUUUGCUAACGUUGCCACUUGGUAGCGUGAGUGACGUUGCCGCGACGUAGUGGUGUGGUCAUUUGCUAACGUUGCCACUUGGUAGCGUGAGUGACGUUGCCACAACGUAGUGGUGUGGUAAUUUGUUAACGUUGCCGCUUGGUACUGUUAAUAACGUUGUUGCGACGUAGUGGUGUGGUCAUUUGCUAACGUUGCCACUUGGUAAUGCAAGUAAUGUCACGGCUACGUAGUGGUGUGGUCAUUUACUUACCGUGAUAUCAAACUUCAGAAUUACACUGGCUGUUUGUGUCCAACACAAAUAUUAGGUUAAAUCAGAAAAUGUCACCACUUUUAUUGUUUAUUUACUACUUAGUGAUGACUCAAUUCCCACAACAAAUAUUUGUGCUCAACUAUGUUGACCAUCCAGAACUACAUAACAAUUCUCAUUUCCACAAACUCUGACCCUGUUGAAAA